AUGUAGCUCUAUAUUUUCAUUUAUUAAGAGCUCAUUUAGAUAUUCUAUAGGAAAAAUAAAAAAAUAUUUAUUUAAGUAUUUUUAUUUUACUGUUACUUUUUACAUAACAUUAUGUACUUUAACUUUUUAUUAAGAUUGCUUUGGAAUUAACUUGGGAUAUUACUAAUUCUUGAUUGCUUUUUUGCAUAUAGUGUUAUACUUAAUAAAUAAGUAUCCAAAAUAUGUUUGGAAACAGUUUUUUAUUUUUAUUCUUACAACUCAGUUUUUGAACAUUUAUAGCAUUCAAAAGUAGAUAACCUAAUAUGGUAAAAAAUCUUAAGUUUAAAAUUUUUAAAACAUUUUUGGUUAUUUUAGCUAGAUUUUUAGAAUUUUACUCAUAAUAAGCUUUAAUCGAGACUAUGUUUUUGGUGA